AUGAGUGUUAAAUUGGUUCGAUCAAGAGAGAGCUUUAAUUUAAUUGCUGGGUCAAACGAUGUAAAGUUUAAAGUUUGCAUUACGGACGCAACUCUUAUUGUUCGACGAGCACGAAUUAAUCCAAGUGUAUUACUCGCACAUCAAAAAGUUUUAGCUUCUACCACUGCUAAAUAUCCUAUUACUCGAGCUGAAGUAAAAGUUUUAACAAUUCCAUCAGGUGUUCAAGGAAAAACUCUUGAUAAUAUAUUUUUAGGGCAGGUACCCAAAAGAUGUAUAAUUGGAUUUGUGAACAAUUCUGCAUUUAAUGGCUCCCUUACUAAAAAUCCAUUUAAUUUUGAAAACUAUGGUAUUAAUUCUUUCAGCUUAUAUAUUGAUGGUCAACAAAUACCUUCAAAAGCUUUGCAACCAUCUUUUAAUAAUAGUAUAUUUACAUCAACAUAUCAUACUCUAUUCUCGGGAACUGGUAUUCACUUUCUUAAUGAAGGAAAUGGAAUCUCUUGUGAACAGUAUGCCAAAGGUUACUGUCUAUUAGCAUUUGACUUAACUCCUGAUUUAUCAGCCAACUCAUCAGCUCAUUGGAAUCUCAUAAAGCAUGGUAGUGUAAGAUUAGAAGUACGAUUUGAAUCCUCACUAAUACAAACAAUUAACUGUAUAGUUUAUGCUGAGUUUGAUAAUAUUAUUGAGAUAGAUAAAAACAGAAAUGUUACUGUAGACUAUAGUAGUUAA